UAUUUCUGAAUGACAGAAGGGACAUGGCUAGAAUUCAUAUUUCAAGAUGAUUUGGAGGAAACUCAGCCCCAUCAUGUUGGACUCUUCUACCCAUUGACAGAAAGUGGACGAGCUAGCCAGUGAGACAUGCAGCGGUUCCUGUUCAGUGGAGCCUUCCGACAGGCUGCCAGCCCCCUGUCCCUUCUCUCUGGGCCCUCGACCUCGGAGACCCUGAAAAACGGAGGUGCCCGCCGCCUUGUAAAAUUUAGCCCCAACCCUCGAUGGGUCCGUACAUCCACUGCAGCCUUGUCACCAACUUCCCAGAAGAGUGACACUGGAGAUGUUUCCCAGCAAGAUUCCGGUGAUGUGGACCCCCUUCAAGAUAAAUCUAUGGGCCUGUUCCAAAGGUUUAAGAAGACCUUUAAACAGUAUGGCAAAGUUAUGAUACCCGUUCACUUAGUGACCUCCACAGUUUGGUUUGGCACGUUCUACUAUGGCGCUAUGAAGGGAGUGAACCUAGUACCGUUUCUCGAGUUUGUUGGAUUUCCUGACAAAAUCGUUAAGCUUCUGGAGAAUUCCCAGGGUGGUUAUGCAUUGACUGCUUAUGCUAUGUAUAAGAUUGCCACUCCAGCUAGGUACACGGUUACCUUAGGUGGAACGUCGCUGUCGGUGAAAUACCUGAGGAAACAUGGUUACAUGUCUACCCCUCCACCUGUGAAAGAAUACCUCCAAGAAAAGAUGGAAGAGACAAAAGAGAGGAUCUCUGAGAAGAUGGAGGAGACGAAGGACCGCUUCUCCGAGAGGAUCGAGGAAACUAAAGACAAGUUCACGGAGAAACUGCAAGAAACCAAAGACAAGGUGUCUUUCAGAAAGAAGACCGAUUAGAGUUCCUUAAAGAGAGGUUCCUGUUCGGGUAACUUGAGAAGUAGAGGGGCAGUGCACUCGUAUAAAGACUUUUGUCAUACACCACACCGGAGCAACAUUAAAGUUCGCGCAUUUUACUCGACAGCGAGUGAUAUGUCUACAUGUAUCUGCUAUUAAUGGAAAUGCUGCCUCUUAAACUGAUGCAAAAUCACCUGUAAUCCCACAGUGUCCGUAAAAUGAGUUCACAUUAUUGGUUCACUCUUGAAAUUGAUGCAGUCUGCUCUUAGGUCGGCCGUGCCUCACCGCUCUGCGGCGUCUUGGGAUGAAACGUGUUCCCUGGUCCUUAGGAUAUGAUGCUUCUCUCUUGUUACAAACAAAAAUGGCUGUUGUUGAGUGUCAUUGAAGUAUUUUUGAAAUGAAUAAGAGGGUUUGUUUUUUUUUGUAAGAGUUUGAGGGAUGCAUUAAAUGUGUCCUGGUUACAUGUACAAGGUUGAUGUCCAUUUGUGUGGCCAGGAGAGGGUUUUUUUUUUGUUGUUUAUCUAAAAUGCACUAACUGCCCUGACACACACACACACACACACUCAUCUCCUUCGUACAAACUUGCCAGACAAAUAGAUCUAAAGGUCAAACAGUCACAAACUCCACGGAAUUAAGUGCUGCUUGUGAGUGAAUUAACAGUACAAUUUGUGCUGAUCAAAAUUGUAACCAAGCAUAAAAUAAAGCCGCUGAGUAUCUGCAGAAAAAAAAAACGAAAGAAUGAACAAUCACGUGUUUCACAACUAAACAUUGUGUAGCUAUUCAAAAUUAGUGAGUAAAAUAAGAAUAAGAUUGCCAAAAACGAAAGAAAGAAAGAAAGAAAGAAAGAAAAAGAAAGAAAAAAAAAUCUAAGUUUAUGUAAGUUCUCUAAUAAUUAAACUUACUUGUAUUUGUGAAACCAUCAACAUCACAGCAGUGAUGGUCUGCUUGAGUUACUGUAGUCAUUAAAAUAAAGGCAGGGCCAGGAGAUCUUCUCAGGCAGAGAAGCACAACUCCAUUCAGAUACAACUGAUUCAGCUGUUCAAGGCCCUGAUGAACUUUUCAGUAGUUGAAGGGCCCAGGAUUCGAGUUAAAGAAAACUGCUUCCUAAGGAGUUGCGUGCCCCUGAACAUAGACUUUAUUAUUUGUAAGAUCCAUUGAGCACAGCAUAUUAAUUAAUGUCCUUGUUGUACUUCUUGUUCAAAUACUUAACGAUGAGAAUUUUUUUUGUCAAGCGGAACAAUGAAACUGCACUCUUCAAGGUUCCUUGGCUGACUGCAAUGUUACUGUAGUAGAGAGCUGGUAUAACAUUUUUUUUGUGUGUGUGUAAAAUGUCAAUUAUUACCUCGUUUAACUUAAGGGGCUUUUAAAAUUGUCUUUCAUUUCCAGCAUAUACAGACUUGUUUCAGUUUUGUUAUCUUUCUCGGAUUUUUUCUUUGGGAGUGAGUGCACAGUGUUUGAGCUCUGAGGUCUGACAGGUGACGUGGCUUUGAUCUAAGGGUGCUUGCCUCAUGCCACACGUUGCCAUAGCAACACCUGCAUAGGUGAAUGUGUUCCGUCCAAACAGAAUAAAAUUAUGUGAAUCACA